UUCGUGUGUCCGUAAAGGCGCACGAUAUGACCGAACACUGCUGACAGUCCAUUUUGCCGCUUAGACUACAGUAGGACAGUAUACCUACAGUAACCUGGCAGGUCCUACUAAAAUGUCUGCGUCUUUAAAAAGAACUAUUUGCCGAGUGGUGCAUGAUGUCAGGCUGCCUGCACUCUUCAUUUGAGCAGCGUUCACUUCCUGCAAAGGGAUAGAAGCGGGCAGAGAGAGAAAGAGAGAGUGGGAUAUAGAGAGAUGGGGGACGAGCAGCCAAGAUAGGACUGGAGUGAUAGAGUGAGCCAGCGGACGAGGGGAAACCGGGGCCUGCUUCUUUUUUUUUUUUUACACCCCGCAAACUUUAUAGGUUGUCCGAAGAGAAAGCCUGCCACAUCUGCGCCAGCUGACAGCCGCAGUUUAUGGAAUAGCGACAUAUAUCGGCUCGCUUUCUCACUCUGUCUCAGAGAUUUCUGAUGCCUCUCUCAGUGGCAGACUCUGCAGUAAAUAUCUGAAACCCCAUUUUCCUAUUCCUCUGCGGCCAACAUGUCCCAGCUGCUCCACGUGGAGAUCCCGAACUUUGGAGCUACAGUUCUGGGCUCCCUUAAUGAGCAGCGCCUGCUGGGACACUACUGCGAUGUAUCCAUCCUGGUCAAAGGUCAGGCUUUCAAAGCCCACCGGGCCGUUUUGGCUGCCAGCAGCCUCUACUUUCGUGACCUCUUCAGCAGCUCCACCAAGAGCCAGUUUGAGUUGCCCUCCUCAGUCACACCUGCUUGCUUUGAGCAGAUCCUCACUUUCUGCUAUACAGGGAAGCUAACAAUGGCAGCUAGUGAACAGCUGGUGGUCAUGUACACAGCUGGCUACCUCCAAAUUCAGCAUAUAGUUGAAAGAGGCAUGGACCUAAUGUUCAAGGCAAACUCACCUCACUGUGACUCGCAAACAGCAGGGUCUUUAGAGGAAACAGGAUCCGAGCCGCAGAGUCCUUGUAAUAAUGGUAACGGCCUAGCGGUGGCUGCCCUUUUGGGAACCCCGGGCUGGUCUCCAUCCCUACUCAUGCCACCACGUAAGAUUAAACUAGAAGGGGGUGACCCAACACCCUUGACAAUACCUUUAAUGCAAAGCAAGAUUUCUUCUUCGGAGUUUGGGAGUCGUCUGGCGAGGGGCGGUUCACUGUUUUACACGACAGCUGGUGGGACCCCCAUCCCCGGUAUGCCUCCAUAUCACCUUCAAGGGGCCGGUGGGGGUGGAGCAGGAGGAGGAGCAGGAGUUGAAAGGUCCAGUCCUGGAGCAUCCAGCCUGCCAACCACUGACAGUCCUACAUCCUACCAGAAUGAGGAUGAGGAGUUUGAGGAAGAGCCCUGUGAUGGGAUCACAGAAGAUGCCUACAGUCAUCUCUAUGGACGUUUAGCUAACCCUUACGGGAUCCAGGACAAGCCAGAGAUGGCAGCGAUGCCCUUGGCCUUGGAGAGCCGCAACUGUGUGCUGAUCCGCAGGGACCUGGUGGCACUGCCUGCAAGCCUCAUCAGCCAGAUAGGCUACCGCUGCCACCCUAAGCUCUACACUGAGGGGGACCCGGGGGAGAAGCUGGAAUUGGUAGCUGGUACACAGGUGUUCAUGACCCGAGGACAGCUGAUGAAUUGUCAUCUAUGUGCUGGUAUCAAACACAAAGUCUUGCUUCGCCGUCUGCUAGCCACGUUCUUUGAUAGAAACACUUUAGCCAAUAGCUGCGGGACAGGUAUCCGUUCUUCAACUAGUGACCCCAGUAGGAAACCCCUGGACAGCAGGGUCCUCAACGCUGUCAAACUCUACUGUCAAAAUUUCAACCCUAACUUCAAGGAGAGUGAAAUGAAUGUGAUUGCUGCUGACAUGUGCACAAAUGCAAGGCGUGUCCGCAAGCGAUGGUUGCCCAAGAUCAAAUCCAUGCUGCCUGAUGGCAUGGAGGUGUACCGUGCAGGAAUGGGCAUGGGUGCUGCUGUGGGUCUGGGCCUGGCACUGGGUGCCUCUCAACCAGGAGUACCCCUCCCCUUUGAGCCUGAGUUCAAGGCGCUAGAGCAAAGGUUGUAUCCAGAUCGUAAGAACCCUCUCAGGACUCACCCACCACUGACAGAGGGUAGCCCUGGCCCGGGGGCAGCUGCAGCAGAGGCAGAAGGUGAAGGAGUAGUCCAGGAGGAACAGGAGGAAGAGGAAGAUGAAUCUGGGUUAGAAGGUGUAGACGGAUCACUGGGGGCGCCAACUUUGAUCCCAGGAGCUGAGGCAGGCAAUAGUGGUGACACGCCGCCUGAGCAGGAAGUGGAAGGUUUUGGACAAGGUUUGAGGGUGAACGGACAGUGAAUGUCCCUUUGGGCUGCCUCUGACAUUGUGAAAUCUGUAUAACACCGCAUUUUCUUUUGCUUGCUCUCUAACUCUAACAUCUCGUCUACCACUUUUUCUUCUCCUCUGUGCUUCCUCGACAGGAAUUUUUCAGCACAAUAAGCUGCGCUCGUAGAUCUAACUAUACUGGAAUUUGUAACACAUGCAUGUGCACAUAUGUGCUUGUGUGCACGCAUACUUACUGCUAGUGGAAAUAGAUCACUCAUAGUAGCAGUAGACACAGGCAUGGCAUUAGCACAAUAAGAAAAUCAACCCUUUCUGCUCCAACCUUUUCUUAGUAUAUUCAGUAUUUACUUAGGAUGAAUUCACAAAGAAUGGAUUGCAGCCGCAGCACAGUUUGGGGUGCCUUUCACCCUUUAACCGGUGCUUUUAUCAAUUACACAAUUUCUGUCUGUUGUAUUAAGGCAGGUUUAGUGACUGCAAAAGCCACGCAAUCCCUUUUUUGAAUUUGCCCAUUAGUAUUUUGGCACCCGCAGCAAUAAUACAAAGGUCUGAUAGCAGAACAACUGGCUGCAAUGAUUUACCAUAUUUCAUUGCAAAACAAAAGAAACUGCUGCUUUGCAAGUACUUUAUUGAGUGUGGUAUUAUGGUCUGUAAAAUGAUGUAAAAAUCUGAAAAUACCCCGUUUACCCCAUUAAAUAGUCUGCUUAUUUUGCUGUAUGAUAAAUAUGUAUAAAUAUACAGUAUAUAACGAAGAAUGUAUUAUAACUAAAGGUCAAGUAGUGCCAUGAUACAGAACAAUUUUCCUUUCAAACAUUACGUCACUUUUUAGGAUAAAGACGAGGAAAACUUUUUCUGCUAAAGACUUCUCAACAAUCCUACAAAUAAUCUAUUACAUGGCGUUGUGUUUUCAUGCAUAUUUGCCCGGGACAAAUUGGGUUAAGUUGUCAAUGUGAUGCCUGUGUCUGCUCCAGACCGCCCCUCCCAACUACACACACAUACAGAUCCACACACACGUGCACACAUUUCUCACCUUAUGAUACUUGGCCUUUAAUAGCUGCACCGAUGUAUUAAAAAUACAUUGUCCAAAAGAAAUGUAACAACGCUUUUUAUCUUUGAAAAAAUCCUUUUGAAUUACAUCAUUCUGUCUUGGUGAUACAGAGAGACAUGAACAAGAACAUGCACUAAAAUCCCAGCUUGCAUGCAUGAAUACAAACAAUGAAUACAGAGAAUCAUUAAAAACAACAAGCCACAAACCUGCAUCUAAAUAAGAAAACAGCUACUGUUGCCUCGAGAUAUGCCAUUAAAGAACUUUUUUUCCACUUCUCACUGGGAUCUGACAUCAGUCUGACACAUGCUAGAACUGACUUGGUAUCGACUGCGUUUGACACAGUACCAAUCGGAUUUUCUUUUUUAACUAUGGAUCGUGCUGUCACCAUGAGUAGAGGAGACUGAAUGUAUGGAGUGGUAAGAGGAAGUGCACUACACUGAGUGGUAGAAGAAAGAAGCACUGUUUCACUUUGAUGUGAUGGUGUGAUUGGCACCAAGACUACAUAGUCCUGCUUCCAUCCUGUUUAUUUUUUCUGGGCGGGUUGGGGGGUAAAUUAUUGAAUAAAACUUGUAAGAGCAAUUUCUGCUGGCUUAUUGAAUUUGCACUCAAAAAUGUUAACGGGUGGGAAAACUAAGGAGUUUGGCAAUAUGUGACUGUACUAAAGACUGAGAAUGUUCUCCACAUCCCCCUGAUUGUUUAUUUGAUGGGGAGAUUUUGGUUUUAGAAAUGAAAAAUUUGGUCCUUGUGAAGAUAACUAUUUCAAAAUUUUGGAAGGGGCGAAGUGAGGCAAUGUCAAACAGGGACUUAAACCUCUAUUUGUCAUACUCAUUUUCUUUUUUGAUAUCUGUUUUCAUGCUUUCUGCCAUGCAUAGGGACACAGUCCAGACAGCAUUCCUUUCCUGUUUUGUGCAUUGAUUUUAAGAGAUACAUGUAUGUUUUUCAAACGCACAUUUAAUCACAUGGUGUUAUGGCAAAAUUAAUCAGACUUUUUCCACUGCAAAGAAUUAUAGCGUAAGCUAACAACCAAGCAAAAAUAUACAGUAUAUGCCCCUGAUAUAUUUGAUCUGUUUGUUUAUGCUUCAGUGCUGGGCCACCUUAAAGGUUUUAAUCUUGUUUUUGAUUCUCUAGGAGAAGCUUUAAGAUGGUCCUGCCCAAGAAACACAGGGUUAUAAUUGCACUAGGUAAUAAUAAUAAUGACGUUUACAGUAUCUAGUUUUUUUUCUUUUGGAAGAAAUGUGAUCCACGAUAAAACAAGGCUGUGAUAGAAUGGCUGAUGUGAAGAAUGAAUGUAAACUGUAGCACUGCUUUGCCGAAGGGUCCAAGCCUUGAUUGAAUAUAGUCAAAAAUGGUCAAGACUCGCUUUUUUCUCAAUUGUAAACUCAUACUCAUACUAAAAAAAAAUGGGCCGUAAUAUAGCAUUAUGAUGAUGUUCAAACCUAAAGCUUUAGUGAUUUAGGGAUUUUUAAACUGGUCUUCCAAAUUUGUAAACACCAGGGAGUAUUUUGAAAACUGAGCGAGGUUCGAGUACAGGCUUUUAUAACUCUAUUGUUUAUUCUAUUUUUAUCCCAACGAGCUCCUCAUUUUUUAGAUAUUUUGAUAGUUAUGUUUGUCUCUAAUGUUGAAAUGACAUAUAUACGUAUGUGUUCACAAAACAGAGAGAUCAUGACAUUUUCUUUAUAGACUUCACAAAUAAUUUAUUUAUCUCACUUUUAAUUUAUUAAGAUUCAGUUCCUAAAGUGGUUCUUGUAAGAAAAAUAAAGAUAUUCAGUUGUUUAUUGGAACCAC